AGUGUUGACUCACAGGAAAUCAACUUGCAGAGUCGAGAAGGCGUUCUGUGACAUGGAGGCCUGGUAUCUGCUCUGUCUCUGCAUCUCGGCUGCUUUGUGUUCACUGGAUAAAUUCACAGUUAAAGGGCCUGGUCCGGGAGCUCUUCGUAACAUCAGCGAGAAUGACCCAGGGGUGCAGAAGGCCGUGCUGUCGGGCACCAAUGCCUUCAACAACCAGUCCAACGACGCGUUUCUCUUCAAGGCCUCCGCCAUAGACAGCGCUCAGAGACAGGUUGUGAAGGGGAUUAAAUAUUUCCUGGAGGUGGAGAUCUCACGCACCGUAUGCCGGAAGUCAAGCCCGGACACUGACCUGGCCAACUGCAGGUUCCAGCCCAAGGGGCAGCUUCAGCAGACCUUCCUCUGUAACUUCCAAGUGUGGUCCAUACCUUGGCUUGAGAAGAUGACCACCACAUAUUUCUUCUGCCGACCCUCAGAUGACUUACCUCUGUCCCCCCUUUGGGCCCAUCACCAGCCCUCACCCCAGAUCAGUACUGACUGAUACAGACACCAAACACCACUAGCCCUCACCCCAGAUCAGUACUGACUGAUACCAAACACCACUAGCCCUCACCCCAGAUCAGCACUGACUGAUACAGACACCACCAGCCCUCACCCCAGAUCAGUACUGACUGAUACAGACACCAAACACCACUAGCCCUCACCCCAGAUCAUUACUGACUGAUACAGACACCAAACACCACUAGCCCUCACCCCAGAUCAUUACUGACUGAUACAGACACCAAACACCACUAGCCCUCACCCCAGAUCAUUACUGAUACAGACACCAAACACCACCAGCCCUCACCCCAGAUCAGUACUGACUGAUACAGACACCAAACACCACUAGCCCUCACCCCAGAUCAUUACUGACUGAUACAGACACCAAACACCACUAGCCCUCACCCCAGAUCAUUACUGAUACAGACACCAAACACCACCAGCCCUCACCCCAGAUCAUUACUGACUUAUACAGACACCCAACACAAUACCAUAUGCACAUUUAUGUGUUAUAGUGGAGAAUGUCAGUUGGUCUGUUGCUCAUCAAUAAAGGAAGGAAUUGAAUUGAA